GAUUUUAUUGUAAAGAAGUUUGAUGGAAGACAUUUCUGAGAUUAACCACAAUGCUGGAAAACAAAUCCAAUUGCAAGCAUACAAUAGUACACAUUCCAAGAAUUAAAACCUGAUAAGAAUGCAGUAACAAGGGUAGUGCAACUACAUAUGCUUCAAAAUUGAGGUAACCUGUUUGCUGGAAAACAGUCUAAUUAUUAGCUCCACAGAAUAUUUAACCUUUUUUAGAAAUAGCCAGUAGCUAGAUGAAGGCAUAUGAAAUAGAAACAUUAUGUAAUUAGAAUUAUCAAGGAAAAAUAUAUUGAGAAAAUGUGUGACUAGAAAAAAUAUAGAAUUGGGAAAAGCAAAUAUUCUAAAAAAAGAAAAGGUAGAGUUAAGAUACGUAAUUGAUUGGUAAAAUUCAUGAGUGGUUCCUUACAAGGCCACAGGUUGGAGACCUUUUCAGUCUGGUGAAUAGAUUUAGAAGUUUUGUUCAAACUUUCACAAAAUGGCAGCUAUGAGCCAUAAUCAGUUAUAAACAACAAUCAAAAUUCUACAUCUAUCAUCUGCCCAUGGAAUGUACUACUUGUUUCCUUUGAUUGCUUUUCUGAAGCAAUUAUGGUAGGUGCAUCUUCAAAAUACUAAGUGUUUUUCUGCUAAGGAAGUUUGCAGGCCAAAUAAUGGCUUGGGUAUGACUAUAGAAGAGGGGUAUUAUUAAUGUUACAUUAUGGGGGAAGGUUGCCUUUUCUAUACUGUUAUAGAAGCAUCUUACACAUAUGCAUACAGCUGGAAAACCAAUGUAGGUCAUCAGGAGACGAAAUGACUUGGAACAAAAUGCAAGGUGCUCAUAAAUCAGAAUUAAAUUCUCCUAAUGUGGUUUGUCAAAUUUUGGCAAAUGGUGCAACUGCCACUGGUUUUUUACAUCAUGGUUUAUGAUAAUAAUUGUAAAUAAUCCCAACCAUUGUGACAUAUAAAAUUGCUUGAUUAAAGAUAGCAUAACAAUGUACCUUUUACUAGCUGAGGUAUACAGUACACUCAACAUUUUUAAUGAUGCUGAGGAUCACCACCUAGGAAAAUAAUGGUGUUGAAUUAAUAGCUUGUCUUAUGCAUAUAUAACUGAGUCUGAGAAGUUCCAGUUUUUCUCAUUUUUGUGAAAUAAAAAGAGCACUGUACUCUGGAGCUUGUGGUUGUAAGACUUGAAAUAGGCAACAAACAACAAAUGCAUCAUGCUAAACUAAUCAACUCAGACUUUUGAAUUAAGGCACCAAUGGCCAAGCUCAAAUGAUCAUACUUUGAUCAUUUUUAUGCAAAGAUGAAAGUCUCUGGAGUAAUUUAUAAUUCAGAAAUGUGGAAAUAAGGUUGAUCUGCAGCAACAUGGAUGAAUUCAAUUAAGGCAGUAAUGGCUUCAUUGUUGGAAAACCUGAAGAAUCAGGUUUAUCUAUUCCUGGAGAAAAUCUAUGUAGUUGCUAAGAGUUAACGUUGACUUGAUGGUACAUAAUCUAUCGGUGUUGAGGUAACCAAAGCAAGAAUCAAUAUUUCCCAAGUCAAAGACAUCGUGUUAUGUAAAUUGCAACAACUUCCUGCUUUCAAAUAAGAAUACUCUGCAUCCGGUAUUAAUUUGGAAGGGCAGAAGGAAACCACAAGUGUAAACCACUGAGUAUAAGUCUUUCACUUCUUGGUAAAUAUACGAUUUCACUGUUGUCUGCAAUCAAGUUUUUAAUGCAUCCAAGAUUAAGAAUUUUCACACUGGUGAAAGCAAUUAGUUAGGUUAAGCAAUGAAAUGUCAGAAGGUCUUUGAUUUAUUGCUGAAGCCAGGUGGUUACUUAAAAAGAUGGGGCAGAUAUUAGUGCUAUAACUUCUGUAUGCAACUUGAAAUCUCAGCAGUUAUACUUCCAUAUUCCAAGUUAAUAUUAACCAAAUCCACUCUACAUAGUUGAUUAUCAGAUACCAACCUGUGUAGAGACAUGAUUUGCCAUUGGGAUGAGGUAUGUAUAUUAAUAUAAAAUUAUUUUAUUUAAAAUAAAAACAGUUAUUAAAAAGAUAUAAAACAGUCUCUCCAAGAUGAGAAAUUGUUCCAUAAAAAUAAACUGGGCAGAACAUCAUAUGCCACUUGAGUACCAUAAACCAGACAGAUGGUGCUGUACUGAAACAAAAACACUUCUAUAAACCAUUUUAUGGUACUUCAACUCUGUUAUUUACAAACUCAAGUACAGUGCAGCUGCUGAAAAACAUUUAGAAAAUAAAGCUAUUAAAAACAAAUGAAAAGCCACCACAUUGGCUAAAAUUAUUUAAACUUAAAAUAUGAAUUAACUGAUAUAUCAAGAUGGAGAUUUGAUCCCAUGUUCAUGAAACAUGCAUUUGCAACAUUCAUAUUUUUCUCAGCAAUAACAUUAAUCACUUCAAGAAAAAUCAGAGACAUAGUCAGAAACAUUUGACUUAAGGCAAAGAAAAUUUACGAUUACAGUAUAGUUAAUGAAUAAUGUAAUACAAAGAGGUACAUUUUGGGCAGAUGCAAUAUUUCAUUCAUUUUUACUUUUACAUCUCUUAUAUGACAUACAUAAUGGUUGUUUGGCACGAACCGCAGAUAGAAACAUUUUUGCUCAAGGCAAAUCAUCAGCAAGCCCAAGCAUAACUUUUGCGAGCAUAAUUCACAUGCAGUGCACUGUUGACAGUGUACCAAACAGCACGGAUCACACAGUUGAAUUGUGGAUUCAUCAAAUAAUCAUUCACUGUGGAAAAGCAUCAAAGGCAUUUCUAUUGGGAGUAAAAAAGAUCCAAGAAAACCGAAUCUCCAAGCCAGCGGCUCUUUUUUUUUAAAGGUAACUGCUACUACGGACUGAAGCGAUGUUUUACGGGAGUCGUCCAUCUAUAUGUAGUCUGCAGACGGAAACAAAUACAGUAUUCUUUCCAUUUGCUCCAGAAAGAUAUUCCGUUCGUUCGCUUAUGUCGCAAGAAAAUGAGCCGAAAUCACAAAUAAGCACGCAAACUUCCACCUCUGCGUCCACCGUCUUCCACCCAACUCUCCCGUGUUCUUCCGUUGCAAGCCGACGAACUCCUGGCUUUUGCUUCCAAAGAAAAGGGCCAGAGCGGGUCUCCUGCGCCAGUCAAUGCGCGCGCCGUCCCUAGGAUGUGCCUGAUUGGCGCACGAGGCGGCCCGCGCUCAAUUCGUGCGCGAGAAGGAGCGGCGGAGGGUCUGGAUUUCCCCGCCCUACUUGUUUUCAUUGUGCCGCCUCUCGUGCUUUGUAUGCGCGACAGCUGAGCUGGGAGGGAGGAGCGCGCGGGGGGUCCCUGGCGAGUUGGAGGUUCCGGGAGCCUUGGACGCCUGAGCGGGCUUGAGUCGCCGUCGCCGCUUCUUCGGGGCAGAGCGUAUGAUGGCGACAGCGGCUGGCCCGGCAGUGGUGGUAGAGGUGAGCGUGAGCAGCACCGGGAGCAGCAGCAGCGACACUUCCAGCACGGGCGAGGAGGAGAGGAUGAGGCGCCUGUUCCAGACGUGCGAUGGGGACGGCGACGGCUUUAUCAGCAGGAAUGAUUUGCUGAUGGUGUGUCGCCAACUGAACAUGGAAGAAUCUGUGAUUGAGAUCAUGCAUCAGCUUGGUGCGGAUGAACAUGGAAAAAUUUCCUUUCAAGAUUUCACACGAUGUCGUAUGCAACUUGUAGGAGAAAUCAGGAAGGAAGAAGUGGAGCUUUCUGUGAAAUUGGAUGACUCGUGUAAAAAGAAAACUUUAAGGGAUAGAAUAGCUUCAUGGCCAACCAGCAGCAAUAACAGUUUAGGUGCCCUUUCUGGAGCUAGAGAGAGUUGGGAAUACGACUCUGGAGCUAGAGAUCUUCAAAGCCCUGAUUUGCACAGUUGUUCAACUUUACAAAAGGCAUUUGAAUAUGGUGGGAAUACUAUGAAUCAACAAGUUGCCCUUCAAAGAUUGCUUACACAGGCCACCAAUCUAAGCAAUUCAGUCGGAGGAAGUUAUCUAGAACUUGCCAACACUGUAAGUACCACUGUUUCAGAUACAAUUCUUUAAAUCUGUUAUAUUCCUCCCACUCUCAACUUAGAUAGUAUUUUGCAUCAAUUCAUAGAGGUUAUCAAGCAACUGCUUUAUAAACAUAUCAUAUGUGAUUGCAAGAAGAGUUUUCUGUAUCUAUUCCCUCCCGUCUGAUAGCUCCAAAGUAAUAACCCUAUGCUUUUAUCAGAGAGACCAUCCCCGUUUUGGUUUGUUUGGUUUUGUAAAUUUGCAUCUAAGCAUUGGUUUUGUUACACAUUAUUACUAUUACUUAAGAAAGACUCUCAAGCAUAUAAUUUUAAUUUUAUUUAAUCUUAAUUUUAUUUUUAUAACUACAUCAUUGGUGCAAUGUCGUGCUUGAAAAAAAAAUUAAACUAGUCAGCUUGCAACAGAAGUCUAUGUAAUACA